ACAAAUGUUUCAUUCUCUCCUGAAGCGUCAGUAUCCAGCAAAAAGAAAAAAACCUUUGUUUGCUGCAGGGAUGGAUUUUGGAAGCAGAUGUGACCCCUGGACAUAUGAGGAUGGGAUGACCGGAAGAGGAGCAUUGCAUGGGUAAACUAAACAUAUUAAAGCUCCUGUAGAGACAUGAGGGAACAGCUGACAGGUGACAUAGAUGUUGGAGGAAAAGAUGGAGGGGAAUAAAACGCGAAGUGCGCAGCGCGGAUGUGCAGAGGAGCGCAUUUAUUAUUAUUAUUUCACUGCAGGAUGGAGGUGAAAUAACAUGCAUGUUUUACAGUCUCCGUCGCACUGAAUCAACGCGUUUUAUUUCCUGCUGUAAAACGAAGAGAGGAGCGUUUGUUUUACUGUCUGCAGCAGCCUGAUCCUGCAGGGUAUCUCGGGGAUGAUGGAAGUGAAAGAAUACUCAUGUUUUACAGUCUCCAUUACGCUCCAGCUGCAGUGACUGAUUUGAUCUCGCCAGUUGAAAAAAUCAAAAAAGGAGCGCUUGUUUUCCUGUCUUCAGCACCAGGGACAGCGACCAUGUGUGCAGAGGGGGGGGGGUUACUGAAGCCUGAGAUCUCCGGGUGGAGGGGAAAUAACAUGCAUGUUUCACAGUCUCCAUUGCACUGACUGAAAGACGACCAGAGGAGCGCUCGUUUUCGGUCUUCAGCACCGCGGACAGCCACCAUGACGCGGCUCCGCAGGAAGGCUUUAGUUUCUCUCUUCCUCUUCACCCUCUUCAUCUUCGGGGCCAUGAUGGGGCUCCGGACCCUGAAGCCCAGCGACGGCUUCUCAGACCUGGCCCCGGGGAUGGGCUUCAUCCGGGAGAGAGAGAGGGACCGGAGGCGGCUAGAUGCAGAGGAUGUGGCGGUGUCUCCGGGUCAGGUUCACGGCGGCAGUAUCAGCAGCGACACUAAGGUGGUUUUCAUUAAAUCUGACCGGGAUUACAGCAUCUUUUACGACGUGCACAUCUUCUACUACCUGUGGUACGGGGACCCGGCCACCGACAACAAGUACAUCCACUGGGACCACGUGCUGGUGCCGCACUGGGACCCUAAGAUCGCAGCCAGUCACGCCCAGGGGAGACACAUGCCUCCGGAGGACAUAGCCUCCAGUUUCUACCCGGAGCUCGGCCCCUACAGCUCCAGAGACCCCAAGGUGCUGGAGUCCCACAUGGCGCAGAUAGAGGAGGCUGCAGCAGGGGUGCUGGUUCUGUCCUGGUACCCCCCCGGCGUGGCAGACGACCACGGGGAGCCCACGGAGGAUCUGGUUCCCGCGGUGAUGGACGCCGCCCACAGGCACAGCAUCAAGGUAACUG